GGUGAUGGCUCCGGUUGUCGCCGCCGCCGCCGCCGCCGCCGCUACCGUCGCCGCUGCCGCCUCAGCAGCAGGAACCGAAGUCGCCGCCGCUACCGCCGCCGCCGCCCGGGUCGCCGGCCGCCCGCGCGCUGCCUCGGCCGGGGCCCGCAGCCAUGGAGGACUUCAUCGUGAUCUCGGACGACAGCGGCUCCGAGAGUUCCGGGGGGGCCCGCUCGAGCAGGACGCGAAGGCUCCGCCGGGCCCUGUCCCGGACCCCCGGAGCACUGCCCCGCCGGACUGUGGACUUCAUUGACUUAACUAGAGAAACCAGACCAAGGGCAAAGGACCGCAAUGGACUCUGUGUGAUUGACCUGACAAGAACUGAGGAAGAAAAUAGACCUAUUGCCACUCUGGACUUGACUCUAGAACCUGUCGCUCCUUCCCAGAAAGAGCCAACCAGUCUUCAGACUUGUGCCAGCCUCUGCAGCAAAGAGGUGACAGAAGGGCGGGGAAGCUCUUGGCCUGCAGCACGGAGAAUCAUUAACAGCGAUCCUGUGGAUUUGGACCUUUUGGAAGAAGCCACAUUUGAAGGUCCGCAACCCCCUACAUCCAUCAGCGGGGACUCUGCUUAUCCAGCAGAGCCAAAUUGUAGCUCAACUGCAUUCAAAGGUGACCUUGGCUUCUUGGCAAGCCUACAGCUAUCUUCAGAUAUUCGCUCCCUCUCCCCAACAAGCAAUAAUGGUAGCAGCAGCAAUCAGAGGGCACCCUUGCCAUGCCCACAGCAAGAUGUGCCUUGCCCAUCACAAGCUUUGCCAUGCCCACUGCGAACCAUGCCGUGUCCACUGCGAGCCUCACCAUGUCCACCACGAGCCUCCUCGUGCCCACCACGAGCCUUGUCAUGCCCAUCACAAACCGUGCAGUGCCAAGUACAAGCUUUGCCUCCCUUGCCUCAAGAAGUUCCAUGCCCUCCUCGAGAAAUGCCAUGCCCUCAGCGGAAUGUGCCAAGCCCACCUCCAGACUCAUCGUGGCAACCUCAGCACUCACCCAACCCACCUCAAGACUCACUGUGCCCACCUCAAGACUCUCUGGGCCUACCUCAAGAUGUACCAGGCCCACCUCAAAACAUAUCAUAUCCACAAGAUGUGACACACUUACAAGAUAUGCCUCAAUCAUCAGGAGAUGUGCCACAGUCACCACGACACGUGCCACAAUCACCAGCAGACAUGCCACAGUCACCAGCAAACGUGCCACAGUCACCAGCAGACGUGCCACAGUCACCAAGAGAUGCACCACAGUCACCAGAAAGUGUGCCACAUUCCCCUGGAGAAGUCCCAGACUUCCCAGGAGAUAUGUUCCGUUCACCUAGAAACAGGCCAUGCUUGCCAGGAGACAUGCCACACUCACUUGGAGACUUGCCUCACUUACCACGAGACAGGCCUUACUCUCUCCAAAAUGAUGUACAUAACCGUGACACGCCUAUGGAAGUCUCAGCUCCAUCCUCUCCAAGGUUCUCUCCCAGCCCACAGUUUCCACAGUCUGAAACUUCCUUAGAGAAAGUUCCUUGGUUCUCUGUCACAGAAACUCCAGCCAGAAAAGAGAGAUCACUGUCAGAGCCUGCUAACCCCGGGUCUGCCCAGGUACAAGCACGAACACCACAAGGUGGGUUAUACAACAGACCAUGCCUGCAUAGACUGAAGUACUUCUUACGACCUCCGGUGCAUCACCUCUUCUUCCAGACACUAAUACCAGAUAAAGACACAAGAGAGAGUAAGGGUCAAAAAUUAGAACCCAUUCCUCAUCGAAGACUAAGAAUGGUAACAAACACCAUUGAAGAAAAUUUUCCCCUGGGGACUGUGCAGUUUUUGAUGGACUUUGUGUCACCCCAGCAUUACCCACCCAGAGAAAUUGUGGCUCACAUCAUCCAGAAAAUCCUGCUCAGUGGCUCUGAGACCGUGGAUGUCCUAAAGGAGGCCUAUAUGCUUCUCAUGAAAAUUCAACAGCUACAUCCAGCUAAUGCCAAGACAGUGGAGUGGGACUGGAAGCUGCUCACUUAUGUCAUGGAGGAAGAGGGACAGAAUCUGCCUGGGCGAGUCCUUUUUCUGCGUUAUGUGGUACAGACUCUAGAAGAUGACUUCCAGCAGAUUCUGAGGAGGCAGCGACAGCACCUGCAGCAGUCCAUUGCAAGCACUGUGCUGUCCUGCGACAAGCAGCCCCACAAUGUCAGGGAUGUCAUCAAGUGGUUGGUCAAAGUAGUAACUGAAGAAGGAUUAACUCAGCCGCCAAAUGGGAAUCAAACCUCUCCCGGAACAGGAAUCUUGAAGGCCAGCAGUAGCCAUCCUUCUCCCCAGCCCAACCUGACAAAGAACACCAAUCAGCUGAUUGUGUGUCAGCUGCAAAGGAUGCUGUCCAUAGCCGUAGAGGUAGACAGGACCCCCACAUGCAGCUCCAAUAAAAUUGCCGAGAUGAUGUUUGGGUUUGUGCUGGACAUUCCUGAGAGGAGUCAGAGGGAGAUGUUCUUUACUACUAUGGAAAGCCACCUUCUGCGCUGCAAAGUGUUAGAAAUCAUAUUCCUCCACAGCUGUGAGACGCCCACCCGCCUGCCCUUGUCUCUGGCCCAGGCCCUCUACUUUCUGAACAAUUCCACAUCACUGCUCAAGUGUCAGUCGGAUAAAACCCAGUGGCAGACGUGGGACGAACUGGUUGAGCACCUGCAGUUCCUGUUAUCCAGUUAUCAGCAUGUGUUAAGAGGGAAUACAGCUGGGCCUUGGGGGCAAUAGUAACUUAAGAUGGACAUGGAUCCACUUUCAUUCCAGAAUAUUUUUAUGCUUCUAACAAGGAAGAGGAAAAACUUAGACCAGUGUAUAUUGACCAAGAAUAAAUGGGAUGUGUUCCAGUGCUAUUUUAUCCUUAACAUUCUCUCUACUUUCUUUGGAGACCAAGAGUUAAGAAGGAGAAAAAAUAUUUAGAAGCAAUAGUUCGGAAACAAUGUCCUCCAAAGAAGGCAGCUAAAUGGCACCCUGACAUGGUCAGUAUCCUUGUCAGUAGGCUUUUUACUGUGAGGGCUCCUUAGUCAUCUCUGCCCUCUGCAAGUGGUCUGAGGACAUUGUGGAAGGCAUUUGGGGUCAGCCUGAGUUGUCCAGCUCCACGGAUAGGAGAAGAAGGGAAGAGGUUGGGGAGCCCAAGCUUGUCCUCUGUUUAGGGGAACAUCUUAGCAUGGGGGAAGAGAAGAAGAAAGACUAGGUAAAUUCACACACCCUGGCAUAUAUAAUCCAAUAACCUGGGGAAGGUGAGUAUCAUCCCCUUUUUAUAGACGGGGAAACAAAGGCUGAGAGAAAAGUAAGUGAGGAGCCAGGAUUCAAACUUAGGUCUGUUGCCAAAGUCUAUGUGCAGUGAAAACACACUGGAAGGAAUGAUUGUUCUAUGAAAUCACUGGGUGAGAUUAGGUGAGACUCUAAGGAAUUUCCAACUCCCUGUUUUCUAAACUCUCGGUACAUGGUUAAAUUACUUUUGUACAAACCCUUGACCUUGGGGAAAAGUAUAUCCUGAAGCCCCAUACUUUGUAAAUAUUUCCAAAGAAGGCAGAGCAGCCCCAUGGGGGCAUAGAUGCUGGGCCGCCAGGUAAACUCACACUCUCUGGCUGAGAGAAUCAAUCCCACCACACCCCAGUGCCACAGCCAUGCAGCUCAAGUUUGAGCCUCAGCAAAACGGCAACUUGCUUUAUGCCAUGAGUUUUCCUGAUACUUGUGAAUUGUUAAUACCUCUUAUUUUGAAACUAUGAAUGCUAGGAAUUUAAACAUACAGUAUUUAAAGGAAGAAAAACACCUGUUUUCCUGAAUUCCACUUGGCUAGACAACUUAGGCAGGAUGACCCACAGAAGUCAGACCUCAGUUCCUUCUGAGGAGAAACACACACAGCCUUCCUACGAGGAGCCCCAUCCAGAGACGGGAGAAAAGCAGAUGCCGGCAAGAUCAAUUCAAGUCAUAUAUUCAUCCAGGCAACAAAUAUUUAUGAAAUGCCUUCUGUGUGCCUGGCUCAUUGGGAAAACUUCAGUGAAUAAGACCAGCGUGGCCCCUGCCCUCAUAGAGCUUACUGUGAAGAGAUUGACCCUGAACAAAUAAUCACAUAAAUAACAUAUAACCACAAUUAAAAUAAAUGCUCUGAAGGAAAGAAGUGCGCAAAAUAGGAGCACCUAAUCUAUUUUUGGAGGGACCCACAAAGGCCUCCCUGAAGAAGUGAUACUUCAGCUGAGAUAAGUACUGGUGGGGCACCUGGGUGGCUCAGUCCGUUAAGCAUCUGCCUUCGGCUCAGGUCAUGAUCUCGGGGUCCUGGGAUCAAGCUCCACAUCGGGCUCCCUGCUCAGCAGAGUCUGCUUCUCCCUCUCCCUCUGCCCCUAUCCCCCACCCCCCACUCAUGCUCUCUCUCUCAAAUAAAUAAAUAAAAUCCUUAAAACAACAAACAAAAAAACAGGACUGGUGUUAGCCAGGCAAAUAGGGCAAAGUUUUCCAGAAAAAUUAAAAAUGGCAUGUCUGGGGCGCCUGGGUGGCUCAGUCGGUUAAGCGACUGCCUUCGGCUCAGGUCAUGAUCCCAGGGUCCUGGGAUCGAGCCCCGCGUCGGGCUCCCUGCUCCGCGGGAAGCCUGCUUCUCCCUCUCUCCCUCACCCUGCUUGUGUUCCCUCUCUCGCUGUCUCUCUCUGUGUCAAAUAAAUAAAUAAAUAAAAUCUUUCCAAAAAAAAAAUGGCACGUCCAAGGGCCCUGAGGCAAGAAGUUGUUUAGCGAGUCCAAGGAACUUAGAACAAGCUAGUAACACUGGAAUGUAGAGAGCAAGGGGAGACGAGCACAAGAUGAGACUAGAAUAUUGGAUAGGGCACGAAGGGCCUUCUGGGCCCUGUUAAGAAAUGUCAGCUUGAUUCCAAGAGUGAAGAGAAGCCAUCAAAGUGGUUUUGCAUAAGGUUGCUCUGCCUGAGGUGGGCAAGUAGUUUGGCGGAGGACCAGAGAGGUCCCGGGAGGGGUCAUGGUGGCGAGGGUGUGGGUUGUGCAGCGGGGAAGGCUGUGGAUAGAACAGAAGCACUUUGAAGAUCAGUUUAUCAGGGCUUGGGUAACUGAGUCGCAAGUAAGGCUUCAGGGUUCUGCCGUUGCUGACACGGACAUAAAUGGAGAAAGAUCUGUAGAGAAGGGAAAAAGCGCAGUUUGACUGUUGAGUUGGAGAUUCCUAUAGUGAUGAUGAUGAAGAUGAAGAUGAUGAUAAAAUAAUAAUAGUUACCCCUAGGGGGAGCCUGGGUGGCUCAGUCAGUUGAGCAUCUGACUCUUGGUUUCUGCUCAGGUCAUGAUCUCAGAGUUGUGAGAUCAAGCCCCAGGUUGGGCUCCGUGCUCAGCAUGGAGUCUGCUUUAGUUUCUCUCUCGCCUUCUCCCUCUGCCCCUCUCCGCCUGCUCUAAAUAAAUAAAUAAAUAAAUACAUAAAUACAUAAAUAUUAAUAUAAUAAUAAUAGUAGUUACCCUUAGUAACCUGAUCCAGGAACCUAAUAAUAAUACUGUGAGCCAGAACAUCUUGCAUAAGGCAUUGUGCUAAACCCUUUACAUAAAUCGCCUCACACAGUAUUCCCAACAGCCUCUGAUACAAGACCUCCCAUGCCUACCGAAGCAUAAAAUCCAAGGCCUUGCCAACUGGACCAGAAUGGCUGAAGUCCACUGGCCAAGAGUUCCUCUCCCUUGGACAGUGCUUGGUCGGGAACUGCCAACAUUUACCUCUUUGAAUGUCUUGUAUUACUUUAAUAAACUCCAAAUUCUUCUUGCUCCUACUCCAAGUCUUCCCUAUUCCCCUCUGUUCAGCCAGUUCUUUCCAUUCCUUCAAAAUCAUUUUCAUAUUUUUCAGAGUAGCAUAUGCCUUACAAAAACUACAUUUUACUAAAAGACUUUCGUCCCCCUACAACCAUUCUCCACCAGUAGCAGAGUAAAAUAGAGCACAUUCCCUGGCUUAAAACCCUCCAGAUGCUUCCAUUUGCUCUCAAAGGCCAAACUCCACAUUGUUCUGUGGUCCAGCCUACCUUCCAGUCUCCUCUACUACCGCUUUCCCUUACCACCCACAUUUUACCUCUAGUUCUCAAAACAAGCUUUUCCUGCCUCAGGACAUUUACACUUGCUGUUCUCGCUACCUGAACUGCUUUUCCCCUAGACCUUUGCACAAUUGCCUCCUUCUCAUCCUUCAGGACUCAGCUAAGAGGCCCUGAGUAGAGUGGGCUGCUUCCCUCAUCCCCCCAAUGCCACUGUUUCUCACAGCAUCUGAUUUAUUUCUGUGAUUGUACUCACCAAAACUAUAAUUGUUUUUGUUGGCUGGUUUACUGUUAGGCUUCCUGCAACUAGAAUGUCAGUUCAUGGGGGCUGGGCCCACGUCUCUAAUUGCACUGUAUCCCCAGAGAGUAGCCCACUUCCAGAUGCAUAGUAGGUGCUCACUGGAAUUUGUGUUGAUUGAAUGUUGAAAGGGCCCUGAUAGGACAUCUCAAGGCAGCUUUGCUUCCUGUUUCCUUUUUAGACACUCUGUAGUGUUUGUUGUACUCUUUUUCACUUUACAGUUGGGCCCGGUGCUAUAAAUUUAGAGGGACUUUACCUGAAAAGAUACCUGAAGGUUGAAGAAAAACAUACUGAGCAUAUUAUUUGAAAGUGUAACUUAGUACAUUGCUUAAAAACAAGUUUAUUCUGUUUCCCAAAUUUCUGGAUACGAUGUAGUUCAGUCCUAAACACCCUGCUAGAAGAGGUGCCGUUAUCCCCAUCUUCUAAAUGAGGAGAUGGAGGAAGUGAUGCUCUAGUGAAUGCUGGUGCAUCUGGGAGUCUGCAAGUCCUCAAAGCUCACCACAGCCGUGCUCCUUUGCCUGAACUCCAUAUACUUCCCGAAUCCUGUUGGGGCUAAUCUGUGGAUUUGGAUGAGAGACCUUUAUAACUUCUUUUACUUUUCCUCAAUAUUUUUAUUUUUGGAGGGUUGAAAGAGUGGUACAAUGAACAUCCAUUUACCUUUUAUGUUGAUUUACUGGCUGUUAACAUUUUGCCACAUUUUGGUUUAUCUAUUGAUCCACCUGAAUACUUUUUUUUUUUGAGAGUUGAGAGUAAGUUGCACCAUCAGAAUCCUUCAUGCCUAAAAAUACUUUGGCCUAAGAAUAAGGAUAUUCCCAUACAUACCACAAUUCAUUAUCACACUCAACAAAUUGAUCCUUAACAGAAUAUUCUCUAACAUGUCCCAGUAGUAUCCUUUAUAGGCGGCUGGGUCUGUUUUGAGCCAGGCUCCAAAUAUCACACUUUGCGUUUGGUUGUUGUAUACUCUUUGGUCUCCUUUUACACAGUUCCCACCCUUUCCUCGUCUUUCAUAAUACAGACAUUUUUGAAGAGCCCAGACCAGUUUUUUUGUAGAAUAUCCCAUAAUUGGGGUUGUCUUAAUUAUUUCCUCAUGAUCAGAGUUCUGUUAAAUCCUACUGGCAAGACCACUGACUAGAUGAAGAUGUACACUCCUUCCCAGCACAUGACAGCAAGAGGCGAUAAUGUCAGUUUGGUCCCAUUAUUGGUGAUGUUAAGUGUGAUCAUUUGCUUAAGGUAGUAUCUAUCAGAUUUCCCCAUUGCUCUGUUAUUAGUUAAGUAAUCCAGAGAGUAAAACUUUGAGACUGAAUAUCCUAUUCAGCCUUUCACUCAAGGGUUUUAGCACCCACUGAUGGUUCUUACCCGAAUCAGUCAUUACAACAGUAGAUUGAAAAGUGGUUGCUUUCUAGUUAUACAUUGCCUCUACAUUUCUUAACUGGCCUUCUUCUGCAAAAAGGACCUUUCCCUUCUUCCUCCCCUCCUCUUUUAUUUACUGUGGACUCCGCACUUUUUAAAAUUUCAUGCCUAUAACCCAUUUUUGUCAUUUUUUUAAUGAUCAUGUCCAAAACGUAGCCAAUAAGAGGCCUCUUCACACUGGCUUCUGUGUCCUUUUGACGUGUUCCCGUGUGUGUGCGCACGCGCGUUUUCCCCCACUCUGUUUUUAAGCAUUCCCUUACUUUCUUAUAAAAGAUGUUCCAGGUUCACCUUGUAAUUUCCUUGCCAUGGUCCUCUAGGACUUUCCUCCAAAAAAAUUCUGGUUUCUCUCGGUAGGGAGUGGGGAGAAGCAUUAAGAAAUCAAGAUCUGGGUGCUAAUAUGCUGAUUACUACUGGGGUACCUGCUUCUAGGCCCUCUGACAACAGAGCUAGAAAAUUACAUAAUUUUUUUUAGAAAUACGAGUUCAUAGCAAUACCUCAAUUUCCAGUCCCUCAGAAUUCUUCCUCUCCUCCUAUUCCAUAACUGAAUCACUCUUCUCCCACAGCAAGAACCCUUAUUCUGAACAUGGAUAUAUUUAUUUGGUCUAUCAUACAACAUACACGAAAUUGUUUUCCAACAGAAUUACUACAAUAGACCAACACUACAACAAACUAAGAAAUUAAUUCAAUAUUUCUUUACAAUUCUUUUUAUACUAGAAUCAAUCUCCCAGAAGAUAUUAAAAAUUCACAUGGGUUUUUUGCAAGUGUUAUAUUAACUUGAAGUAUAGUUGCAUUGUUUAGGCUCAUUGCUUAAAUCAACAAAGGGAAAAAACUAAGACAAUUUUAAUUUGUACAAUUUUAAUAUGCAAAACUUGAGGACCAGAGAGAACCAAGAACAAAGGACCUUUUAGAAAUUGAGUGACCACAGAUACUCAAAUUACCUUUGACUUGUACUCCUGUAACCACCAGUCAAGUCUUUGCCCAGGCCCUACCUACUAAAAUUGGACUUCUUCUUAAGUCAUAAAGGAAUAAAAAGCCGUUCAGAGGAGUUCAGCUG